CUAUUAAUGUGUAAAGUUCUAUUGUAUGAAGAAUUGACCCCCUCUGAAAACGUGCCCAUUCCCCGGAGCUCCGGCCCCGACGGACCGGACGGAGUUUAAAACAAGACUGAAAAAUCGAGACACAAAACAUUCAAUGGCGAGGUUAUUACAAGGAUCAUCAAUCUCCUCGUCUUACCUCGUUGAAUUCGAGAAAACAAAGAACAUCCCAUCUCGCAAUUUCAGCUCAUACUUCGUACACCGCACCAGAAACCCGAAAAGGAUCCGUAAUCGUUACCGUUCAUCCUUGGCGGUUUCAUCAUCUUUGCAGAAAGAAGAAGCUCAGGCACUUGUCAAACAAUUCGACCCUCAAAUCCCUAUUGAGGAAGCUUUCACCCCGCCAAGCUCUUGGUACACUGAUCCUAGCUUUUACUCUCUUGAACUGGAACGGGUCUUCUUCCGAGGAUGGCAGGCUGUUGGAUACACAGAACAAAUUAAACAUCCCCGUCAAUAUUUUACUGGAAGGUUAGGAAAUAUUGAAUUUGUGGUCUGCCGGGAUGACAGCGGGAACAUACGGGCAUUUCAUAAUGUUUGUCGCCAUCACGCUUCUCUGCUGGCUUCCGGGAAUGGGGAAAAAUCUUGUUUUGUUUGCCCCUAUCAUGGAUGGACUUAUGGAUUGGAUGGUAGACUUCUCAAGGCAACUAGAAUAACAGGAAUCAAGAACUUCAAAGUGAAUGAAAUGGGACUGGUUCCAUUGAGAGCAGCGGUUUGGGGACCAUUUGUUCUUAUCAACUUUGACAAAGGGAGUCUGGCACAGCAAGAAUCUGAUACAGAUGCUGUUGGGGCGGAAUGGCUGGGUAGCACGAAAGAGAUACUAAGUUCUAGAAUAAUUGAAUCUUCACUGAGUUUCAUAUGUCGACGAGAAUAUACAAUUGAAUGCAACUGGAAGGUUUUCUGCGAUAAUUACCUAGAUGGGGGAUAUCACGUUCCAUAUGCUCAUAAAGGUCUUGCAUCUGGCCUUGAGCUUGAGUCAUACUCCAGCACUGUGCAUGAAAAAGUGAGCAUCCAGAGAUGUGGAGGUGAUUCCAUAAAAAGUGAACCAGACUUCGAUCGGCUGGGCUCAGAAGCUUUGUAUGCUUUUGUAUAUCCAAAUUUCAUGAUCAACAGGUAUGGACCUUGGAUGGACACAAACCUGGCUAUACCUCUGGGUCCUCGAAAGUGUCAAGUGAUCUUUGAUUACUUUCUUGAUACAUCUCUUAAGGAUGACAAGGAUUUCAUAGAGAGAAGCUUGAAAGACAGCGAGAAAGUUCAGGAGGAGGACAUCAUAUUGUGUGAAGCUGUUCAGAGAGGUAUUGAGUCUCCGGCAUAUUGCUCAGGUCGAUAUGCCCCUACUGUUGAGACCCCUAUGCAUCAUUUCCAUUCUUUGCUCUAUGAAAAUCUCUGCAUCUGAUCAGCUAGCUACUUUUUCAAAACUUGUGUGAAUCAAUUGCUGGAUGGGGUGGGCAUACGUGUAAGCUUGAAGGUUGGAAUGUCACUAGCUUUCAAUUUAACUGCGGUUUCUGUGAAUGGGUCAAUUGGAUGUAAUGCAUAAUUGUGUACCAUUAACUUAUUAUUAUGCUCAUCAUUAUAAAAUUUAUAAUGCAAGUGUACAGUAUACUUAUCACUAUGCACAAUUUAAUUAAAGAAAAUGGAUGACGAACAUUGGAUUAUUUCAAUAUAGAAUAUGUGAAUCCUAUGUAAAAGGCUUUUUCUCAGAUAUAAUAAGGAACUGAGGCCAAAGG